GAAAGGCCAUGCCUCCAGCUUCAGAGGUUGCACACAGCUGGCAUGAUCGCGGUCACCCGCGCGGCGCCUGUGCCCUUGCGCUCGCGUGGCCCGACCCGCGGCCGCGGACUUUGCGGCUGGAGCGCGGCGCGGUGAAGCACCGGCGCGGAGGGCGCCCGGCGUAGGCGGCGGCGGGUGUGGGCCGAGCCGGUAUUUAUAGCUUCGUGACAGCAGCAGCGGCAGCUACGCCGCGGGCCCGUCUCGCCGCGCUUCCCAGCGAGGCCGCCGGCGCGCUGAGGGCUGUGCUUGACCGCGACUCCCGUGUGUAGUCGCCCCGCGCUCCGCGCGACCCUUCGGGUAAAGUACGAACUGGGAGUUUUGAAGAAUGGGUAAAGACUUUCGUUAUUAUUUCCAGCAUCCCUGGUCUCGCAUGAUUGUGGCUUACUUGGUGAUCUUCUUUAACUUCUUAAUAUUUGCGGAGGACCCAGUUUCUCAUAGCCAAACAGAAGCCAAUGUUAUUGUUGUUGGAAACUGUUUUUCAUUUGUUACAAAUAAAUACCCUAGAGGAGUUGGCUGGAGGAUUUUGAAGGUGCUUCUAUGGCUACUUGCCAUUCUCACAGGACUAAUAGCUGGCAAAUUUCUGUUCCAUCAGCGUUUGUUUGGUCAGUUGCUGCGAUUAAAAAUGUUUCGAGAGGAUCAUGGGUCGUGGAUGACAAUGUUCUUCAGCACAAUUCUCUUUCUCUUCAUAUUUUCUCACAUAUACAACACGAUUCUUCUGAUGGAUGGAAACAUGGGGUCACUGAUAUGAUGCUUCAGGACAAACCCUAUCCUGACUGGGGAAAAUCUGCAAGAGCUUUCUGGAAGAAAGGAAAUGUUAGGAUCACUUUGUUCUGGACAGUUCUUUUUACUCUGACGUCUGUGGUUGUACUUGUGAUUACAACGGACUGGAUCAGCUGGGACAAGCUGAAUCGGGGAUUUUUGCCCAGUGAUGAAGUUUCCAGAGCAUUCCUUGCUUCUUUUAUCUUGGUCUUUGACCUCCUUAUUGUGAUGCAGGACUGGGAAUUCCCCCAUUUCAUGGGAAACGUUGAUGUAAAUCUCCCUGGUUUGCACACCCCUCACAUGCAGUUCAAGAUUCCUUUCUUCCAGAAGAUCUUCAAGGAGGAAUAUCGUAUUCACAUAACAGGCAAAUGGUUUAACUAUGGAAUUAUCUUCCUCGUCUUGAUUUUGGAUCUUAAUAUGUGGAAGAACCAAAUAUUUUAUAAACCUCAUGAAUAUGGGCAAUAUAUCGGCCCAGGGCAGAAGAUAUAUACAGUGAAAGACUCAGAAAGUUUAAAAGAUUUGAACAGAACCAAGCUAUCCUGGGAAUGGAGGUCCAAUCACACUAACCCUCAGACUAAUAAAACAUAUGUUGAGGGAGACAUGUUCUUACACAGCAGGUUCAUAGGAGCCAGUCUUGAUGUCAAGUGUCUGGCCUUUGUUCCAAGCCUGAUAGCCUUUGUGUGGUUUGGAUUCUUUAUUUGGUUCUUCGGACGAUUUUUGAAAAAUGAGCCACGCAUGGAGAAUCAAGACAAAACUUACACUCGCAUGAAAAGAAAAUCUCCAUCAGAACAUAGCAAAGACAUGGGAAUCACUCGAGAAAACACCCAGGCUUCAGUAGAAGACCCCUUGAAUGACCCUUCUUUGGUUUGCAUCAGGUCUGACUUCAAUGAGAUCGUCUACAAGUCUUCCCACCUAACCUCGGAAAACUUGAGCUCACAGUUGAACGAAUCUACUAGUGCAACAGAAGCUGAUCAAGACCCAACGACUUCUAAAAGUACACCUACGAACUAGACUCGGAGAUAGACUUGGAGAUAGCACAAAAAGCAACCUUGAGUGUAACUUUAAAAAUUUAGUCUUUCAUUUUGUAUAUGUAAGGUUUACGUAGUGUUAGGUAAAAAUAUGAACAAUGCCACAACGGUGCUCAACAUGCUUUUUCUAGGAUUCAUUGUUUUCUAUUUGUAUUAUAAUACACGUGCCUACUGUGUACUUAACAGUCCUCUAGAGAUUGCUUUUCACAAUUGCACAAGCUAUUACUGACUUUACAGCAUAGUAGAAGAUUAGCUGAUGACCCGUGUAUCUGGUGUUCAACCAUAGUGGUGCCUUGAGACAUUAAACUGUUUUUAACUGUACCAGAAAUGAAGUGUGGAACAGUUACCUAACCUAUUUCACAUGGGCGUUUUGUAUACAACUAUUUUGAUCUACACUUGAUGUCUGAGCAGUAAACAGAAAUAGCUAAAUGUGACUCAGGAAGUAUCUCUUGGUUUCUUGUUCAGCAGCAGAGUUGGUGACUUUGACAACUGGACUGCAGAGAAACAUGGUGAUCACCUUUUAAUUUUUAUUGGCUGUCUGCCAAAUAUAAAUACCAAUGCAACAUUCAGUAAUAGGAGAUCUGUAACCCAACAUGGGUCACUACUCAUGAAAUGUGACUUUCUCCCACCAGUAAUUGCAAUUAGGUGAUAAUACCUAAUUAUGUUUUCCUAAUUAAAGAUAAAUUGCUACUUGAUAAAAAAUCCUGUCCUUCACCUUUGGGAACAAAGGUUAAGAGACACAGUUGGGUGAACUCUCAAAUUUAUUGGCAUUUACACAAAGCCCCAGACAACCAAGGAACUGAGGUUUUCAUCAUGUGAGAGCAGCACAGCCCACCAUUUAUAAUAUUCAUAUAUGUUUCUGCAAAUAUGACUCUGGAUAGUGAACAUUGAAAAACAUAUGCCAACCCCAAGCAAGGGAACUCCUCAAAAAAUUCAUGCAGCGGAACCUUGUCAGGUAGAGAAGCCGUGCAUGAAAGAAUUUGUUUAAUGUCUUGUUUUGCGUGUGUGUUUUUUGUUUUUGUUUUUUAAGAACUAAAUAUUGCACAUUAAUAAAUAAGAAUUAUACAGCAGUAA